GGGCCGAACGGGCGCGCCGACCACCGGCGGCGGCGGCCAGGAUGCUCCGGCCCUCGGGCCGCUCUGCUGCCAGCCAUUCGCUCCGUCCCCGGCGACCCGCGCUCGGCCCCAGAGCGCAGGAGCCACAGCCCGAGCCGGAGGCGGGAGCGGCGAGCAGAAGCCCGGGGCGCCCGAACGCGCGAUGACCGCGGCCCCAGGCGUCCCUGGGCCACGGGGUGCGAGCGCUGCUGCUCCGAGCCUUGGCCUGGCUCGGAGGAGGAUGCCCCAGCCGCCUGCGGGCUCCAGUCUGCACCAUGAGUGAUGAGCGGCGGCCGCCUGGCAGCGCCGUGGGCUGGCUGGCGUGCGGGGGCCUCUCCCUGCUGGCCAACGCCUGGGGCAUCCUCAGCGUGGGCGCCAAGCAGAAGAAGUGGAAGCCUCUCGAGUUCCUGCUGUGCACGCUUGCGGCCACCCACAUGCUCAACGUGGCGGUGCCCAUCGCCACCUACGCUGCGGUGCAGCUGCGGCGGCAGCGCGCCGACUACGAGUGGAGCGAGGGCCUCUGCAAGGUCUUCGUCUCCGCCUUCUACACCCUCACCCUGGCCACCUGCUUCUCCGUCACCUCCCUGUCCUACCACCGCAUGUGGAUGGUCCGCUGGCCCGUCAACUACCGGCUGAGCAAUGCCAAGAAGCAGGCGGUGCACACGGUCAUGGGCAUCUGGACGGUGUCCUUCCUCCUGUCGGCCCUGCCCGCCGUCGGCUGGCACGACACGAGCGAGCGCUUCUAUGCCCACGGCUGCCGCUUCAUCGUGGCUGAGAUCGGCCUGGGCUUUGGCGUCUGCUUCCUGCUGCUGGUUGGAGGCAGCGUGGCCAUGGGUGUGGUCUGCACGGCCAUCGCCCUCUUCCAGACGCUAGCUGGGCAGGGUGGGCGCCGGGCGGACCGCCGUGCCUUCACGGUGCCCACCAUCGUGGUGGAGGACGCACAGGGCAAGCGCCGCUCCUCCAUCGAUGGCUCCGAGCCUGCCAAGACCUCGCUGCAGAUCACAGGCCUGGUGGCCACCAUCGUCUUCAUCUACGCCUGCUUCAUGGGCUUCCCCGUGCUGGUGGUGAGCUUCAGCAGCCUGCGGGCGGAUGCCUCGGCGCCCUGGAUGGCGCUGUGUGUGCUGUGGUGCUCGGUGACCCAGGCCCUCCUGCUGCCCAUGUUCCUCUGGGCCUGCGACCGCUACCGGGCCGACCUCAAGGCCGUCUGGGAGAAGUGCGUGGCCCUCAUGGCCAACGACGAGGAUUCAGACGAUGAUGCCAGCCUGGAGGGUGGCGGUGUGCCCCCAGACCUGGCACUGGAGCGUUCCCUUGACUACAGCUAUGGAGGUGACUUUGUGGCCCUGGACAGGAUGGUCAACUAUGAGCUGUCCCUGGAGGGGGGCCUGCCCCAGACCUACCCACUGGGGCCCUUGCAGGAGGACAAGAUGCAGUACCUCCAGGUCCCGCCCACGCGACGUUUCUCGCACGAAGAUGCAGACCUGUGGGCCGCGGUCCCGCUGCCCACCGUCCUGCCUCGCUGGGGCUCCGGCGAGGACCUGGCCGCCCUGGUGCUGCCCGCCGGGCCCGACCGGCGCCACGACAGCCUGCUGCCCUUCGCGGGGGAUGCGCCCCCUUUCCGUCCGCGCCGCCGCUCGGCCGAGAGCCUGCUGCUGCUGCGCCCCGAGGCCCGCAGCUCGCCCACCAGCAGCCCGCGCUGCCGCCCGGGGCCUGGCGCCCGCUCCGCCUCCGCCUCGCUGCUGCCUGACGCCUUCGCGCUGACCGCCUUCGAGCGCGAGCCGCAGGCGCUGGGCCGCCCGCCCGCCCCGCCGGCGCUCUUCCCGGCGCGUGUCCCGAGCGCCGCGGACCCCGCCCAGCCCUGCGAGGACGCGGCGCCCCCUGGCGGUGCCGGGGAGCAGUGGAGCCCCGGGCCGCGCCCGGCGGCGCAGGCGCAGGCGCACGCGCACGCGCACGCGCGACCCCUGAAGACCGCCCUGAGCGCGUCCUGGGGCGAGCCCGCGGACUUGCGUGUGGCAGGCGGCGGUGCGGGCAGCACAAGCAGCUUCCUGAGCUCGCCGUCAGAGUCCUCGGGCUACGUGACGCUGCACUCGGACUCGCUGGGUUCGGCGAGCUAGGGGCCGCCCGCGGGCCGAAGCACCAAAGAUGCCAGCUGCCCAGCGGGGCUCAGGGCAGGACGGCUCUGAGCUCGUCCAGGACGCCAGGAUGAGCGCCAGCCCUCCUGGGGCGGCGGGACGCGACAACUUCGCCCGAGAAGCAGGCAUUGCCUGGAGGGGCGACGGCUGCCCUGACAACUGCAUUGGGCACUUCAUCUCUGAGCGAUGCAGAGUGAGGCUGAACUUGGGUAGAGGAGGGCUGUGCACGUGCGCAGCUCGGAACAGCUGGGCUGGGGCGGGGGAUCCCCGGGACAGGGCCACCACCGGGUGGAACAAAGCCAGGCUCUGCGGGAGGGGAAGUCGCUGGACUGCGCCCGGCUUUGCACUCAGCACCAGAACCAUCUCACCUCAGGGGUGGAAUGCGGAGGAUCUAAGCACAGGGGCCUUCAGAGCCCAAACGAGUUCUCAGAGAGGUCUCCCCGCAGACCCGUUCUGCCUCUGUUUUCCCAUCUGUGACGAGCAGGUGGCCGUGUUAACUCUCAGGACUGAAGACGUCUGCUAGUCCAAGUGCCCUGGCCGCUGAGUGGACACUAUAUCCACCUUGACCACACUAUUAGUGCCCUCACUCUCAUUACUUCUCAUUGCCUGUCCCCACCGCGUUGGCCACCUCCGGGACUCCUCCAACCCUGAGGGUCAUGGGUACGUGGUGGGAAUGACUGAAGCAAAGAGAGCGGGCUUCCUUUUUCUGGUACCCAUCCCCAGCUUCUGCCAGACACUGCAGGCCUGGCUGGAAGGGACCCUGACCUACAACCUCCCGGGCUCUGAGUUGAAGGUCUGGUUUCUGGCCAGCAUGCUCCCCCACCCUGUGAGCAGGGAUCUUCUUUACUGUCCCUCUUGGCAGUCCCCCAUGCCAAGCUCCCCAUGGGGGAGCUGACUGUCCCCCAACAGUUCUGGGCUUUGCCAUGGGCCCUGGAGAGGAGCUUGCUGGGCCUUCUGUGGGGGAAACCCCUAGACACAGGCUGAGAGGCCCAGGAACAGCUGAGUCGGCGGGACAGGGCAAGUACAGAGGCUGUCCUGUCCAAACCUCUGCCUCCGUGCAGUAGUCCCGAAACAGGAAGCUCUGGAGCAGGCCCAGGGGCCUGUCCACUGCUCCCUCCCGCUCUGCCUAUUCUGCCAGGGUCCAAGCCCUUCUCCUCACCCCUUGGACUGGGUCCCAGCCGCAGAAGAGGCCCCUGGGAAGGGAAAGGAUGCACUGCCUGGCUCCAUCUCUGCUGUGGAGGCCCCUGCAGUGCCAGGCCCCAGGGUACCCUAGGGGAUGGGCUGGCCUCAGGGGAGCAAGGUACGGGACUGCAGUGCAGCUUAGCCAGCAGUGCUGUGCCUUCCAGGACCGAUACAAUAUGCCAUGAGGUCACUAGCUAGCCACGGUCCCCCCUCAGGCUGGCCCACUGGGGUUUCCCUCUUUCAUAUCCAAGGGCAAUUCAUGCAAGGGGACACGGUACCCUGAAGUCCCUCUGAUUGUGGUUUUUACAAAAUAAAGAGCAGGGAGGACCCCAAGCAGAGGACCCUGGGGCCCCUCUCACACUCUGUGCAGCUUCCAGGCCCACUGGCUGCGCUGACAAGCAGCUUGACCCUGGGCUCAGUGGGGAGGGAGUUCUGUCUUCUUACCACCACCCAGCCCAAAGCCAGGGAUCCGUUUGUAGUUUUUACGACAACUAGGCAGUUCUCCUCUGUACAGAAUCCAAUAAAAACUUCCUAUAAUUUGCACCUAG